GCUACGUUCACACUCCUAAAGUCAGUAACAAUGUGCUGCCUUUUAACCUAAAAAAACUUUCUAACCUACGUUCUAAUCCUGGUUUCAGUGGAUCGUAAAUUGAAAUUUAUUUUAUAAAAACAUUAAAAUUUAAAACCGAGCAUUCAAUUGUCUAAUUGACCAAAUAAUAAAUAAAAUUUGAAAAAGAUUAAAAGAGAAGGAGAAAAAUGGAUUUUGGAGUUGACGCAUUCGACGUGUUCGACGAGGAAAACGACAACGAAGCUGAGGUGAUACCAUCAGCAAUCGAUUCUGAGACCACUGACACCAAAGCUAACGUGAGUUCGACAAAACGUGAGCUUGAAGAUGACGCUGGUAUAAUUAACAAAAAACAGAAAGUCGAGUCUAUUCUAGAAGACAUAAAUUUGGAUGAAUUAAUAUCGCAGAUAAAAGUACACAAAAUAGAAACAAUUGAGUCUUGUACUCAUGAAGUUGCAGUACCGCCAAAUCACGAGUACAUUCCAUUAGAAAAUAAAACAACAGCUCCAGCUAAGGAGUAUAAAUUUGUCUUGGAUCCAUUUCAGAAGGAAGCGAUACAGUGUAUUGAAAAUAAUCAAUCUGUAUUAGUAUCUGCUCAUACUUCGGCUGGAAAAACUGUUGUUGCUGAGUACGCAAUAGCAUGUUCAUUAAGAGACAAGCAACGAGUAAUUUAUACAACACCAAUAAAAGCUCUGAGUAAUCAGAAGUACCGUGAAUUUUAUGAAGAAUUUAAAGACGUCGGAUUGAUAACUGGUGACGUAACCAUAAACCCAACGGCAUCCGUCCUUAUAAUGACAACGGAAAUUCUUAGGAACAUGUUGUAUCGUGGGUCAGAAGUGAUGCGGGAAGUCGGCUGGGUGAUAUUCGACGAAAUUCAUUACAUGAGAGACAAGGAACGUGGUGUCGUUUGGGAAGAAACUCUUAUUCUUUUGCCUGACAAUGUGCACUACGUGUUCCUGUCAGCGACAAUACCCAACGCGAGACAAUUUGUCGAGUGGGUUGCGCACUUGCACCACCAGCCCUGCCACGUAGUUUACACAGACUAUCGUCCGACACCUCUGCAGCACUACAUAUUUCCAGCCGGUGGCGACGGUAUCCACCUGGUGGUCAACGAAGACGGACAGUUCAAAGAAGACAACUUCAACAGAGCCAUGACUUGUCUCCAGCAGAAUGGAGAUGCUUCCAAGGGUGACUUGAAGGGUCGCAAAGGCGGGGUCCGUGGUGGCAACCCCGCGCAGUCGAAUAUUUUCAAAAUUGUCAAGAUGAUUAUGGAGAGAACUUUUGCACCAGUUAUAAUUUUUAGUUUUUCUAAAAAAGAUUGCGAGGCGUACGCUAUGCAGAUGUCACAACUGGACUUUAACAGCGAGUCUGAGAGAAAAUUGAUCGACGAAGUGUUUAAUAACGCGAUGGAUGUGCUCAGUGAUGAGGAUCGUAAGCUUCCGCAGGUUGAAAAUGUCCUGCCUCUGCUGAGACGUGGGAUUGGAAUUCACCACGGCGGGCUACUGCCUAUCCUCAAGGAAACCGUUGAAAUUUUGUUUGGUGAAGGAUUGAUCAAGGCGCUUUUUGCGACAGAGACAUUCGCGAUGGGUCUGAACAUGCCCGCGAGAACUGUACUCUUCACUGCGCCUCGUAAAUUCGACGGCAAAGACUUCCGUUGGAUAACAUCCGGCGAGUAUAUACAAAUGUCCGGCCGCGCUGGUCGACGUGGACUGGACGAGAAGGGUAUCGUCAUACUGAUGAUUGACGAAAAAGUAAGUCCAGCGGUUGGCAAAGAGAUUGUUCUUGGCAAAGCUGAUCCGAUCAACUCAGCGUUUCACUUGACCUACAAUAUGGUACUUAAUCUACUGAGAGUUGAAGAAAUAAAUCCCGAGUACAUGCUCGAGCGAAGUUUCUUCCAGUUCCAGAACCAAGCGGCCAUUCCUGGUUUAUACAACAAAGUUAAAGAGUUGCAGCAGCUCUACGACGACAUUGUCGUAGAUAAAUUCAACCAAAUCGCGUCUUACCAUGACAUCCGUCUGCAGCUGGACCGGCUGAAGGUUGAUUACAGGAAUUUCAUCACCAAGGUUGAGUAUAUUUUGAAAUUUCUUCAGCCCGGAAGGAUGGUGAAGAUCAAAAACGUGAAUCAUUUGUUCGACUGGGGAGUCGUUAUUAAUUUUAAAAAGAAGAAUUCAAAGAAUCCAAAAGAGAGCGCUGUUAUUAUUGUCGACAUGCUGCUGCACAUUUCCAAGGAAUCAACGGAAAAUGCGCCGAUACCUUGCGGAGAGAAUGAAGAUGGUGAAUUUGAAGUAGUUCCUGUCAUGCAUACGCUGAUUUCCGAAAUAAGUACUCUCAGAUUGCCGAUUCCUCAGGAUUUAAGACCCCCGGAUAAUCGUAAGAGUGUUUUAAAAUCUAUAAAAGAGGUUAAAAAACAUUUUCCAGAUGGAAUACCGCUUCUGGAUCCCAUAAAAGAUAUGGGAAUCGCUGACUCAACGUUUGAAGACAUUGUCAGAAGGAUAAAAAUACUUGAAGAUAAACUAUUCGCGCAUCCAAUGCACAAAGACCCGGCGCUAAGUAAUCUUUACAAUGAAUUUCUGCGCAAAGACGAGCUGGGCACAGAGUUGAAGCAGGCAAAACUGGAGCUGAAGCAAGCCAAGUCUGUCCUACAGAUGGACGAGUUGAAGUGCCGGAAGAGAGUCUUGAGACGGAUGGAAUACUGCACUCAGGCGGACGUUAUUGAGCUGAAGGGACGAGUUGCUUGUGAGUUGAACGGCGCUGACGAAUUGCUGCUCACUGAAAUGAUAUUCAAUGGUCUGUUUAACGCUUUGAAUGUACCGCAAAUGACUGCCCUGUUGAGCUGCUUCGUCUGCGACGAAAAGUCCAACGAGAUGCCCAAGAGCACCAACGAACUGAGCGGGCCAUUGAGGCAGAUGCAGGACCUAGCUCGCAGGAUCGCUAAAGUUUCUUCAGAAGCCAACUUGGAGCUCGACGAAGACAGCUACGUCGAGAGGUUCAAACCCUACUUGAUGGACGUCGUCUAUGCUUGGUGCAAGGGGGCCAGCUUUUUUCAAAUCUGUAAGAUGACGGACAUCUUUGAAGGUUCUAUUAUUCGGUGUAUGAGACGAUUGGAAGAGGUGCUGAGACAACUCAGUCAGGCUGCAAAAAAUAUUGGAAACUCGGACUUGGAAAAUAAAUUUAGCGAGGCCAUUAAAUUGCUGAAACGUGAUAUCGUUUUCGCAGCAUCAUUAUAUUUAUAAUUAUUAAUUUUAUUAUUACAUUACUUUGAAAAAUCAAUAAACGCAACAUGUUUGAUGUAAAUAAAAUUGUAAAGUUAAAUUUUACAAAUAAAUUUUUUAAAUAAAAAUUGCUUUAGAGAA